AUGGACAUCCUGUUUUCUCAGAUUCAAGCGGACCUCCGCUCCAACGACUCCCUCCGCCAGUCCAGCGCGUUACUCCAAGCGCUGCAGCAAUCCGCGGCGGGGCGUGACAUCUCCGUCAUCGCCAAAUCCGCCGUCGAAGAGAUCGUCGCCUCCCCUGCCUCCGCCGUCUCCAAAAAGCUCGCAUUCGACCUCAUCCGCAACACUCGCCUCACCGCCGAUCUCUGGGACACCGUCUGCACCGGCAUCCGCAACGACAUCGACUUCCCCGAUCCCGACGUCACCGCCGCCGCGAUCUCAAUCCUCGCCGCAAUCCCCUCCUACCGCCUCAGCAAACUCAUCCACGACUGCAACAAGGAGAUCUCCGACUGCUUCGACUCCCCCAGCGACAAUCUCCGCUUCUCCGUCACUGAAACCCUAGGCUGCAUCCUCGCGCGCGACGAUCUCGUCACGCUGUGCGAGAACAACAUGAAGCUGCUCGAUCGCGUCUCCAAUUGGUGGAAUCGCAUCGCCCGGAACACGCUUGACAAGUCCGAUAACGUCUCCAGGGUUGCGUUCGAGUCCAUCGGAAAACUGUUCCAGGAAUUCGAGACGAAGAGGAUGAGCCGCCUCGCGGGAGACAAAUUAGUCGAUACUGAAAACUCGGUCGCGAUUAGGUCGAAAUGGGUUGCUUCGAUGGUCGAUUUCUUGUGGAAGAUGAGAAGCACGUUGAUGUGCCGAUCGCUACUUCUACCUAUAGAGAGCUUCAGAGCUACGAUUUAUCCUCUGGUUUAUGCAGUUAAGGCCGUCGCAUCAGAUUCCAUUCAGGUGAUCAAGAAGCUCUCUAGCAGGAACGUCGUGGCUUCGGAUUCAAAAGAAGCAGAGAGGUUUAUAGGAGUGUCGGAUGUGGUGUCGCAUUUGGCUCCUUAUUUGGAGUCAUCAUUUGAUCCUGCUUUGAUAUUUGAGGUGGGGAUUAAUAUGUUGUAUUUGGCUGAUGUUCCUGGUGGGAGGCCGGAGUUGGCAUCUGCCUCCAUUACUGCAAUCCUCACACUCUGGGACAGACAGGAGUAUUCUUCUGGACGCGAGACCAUAGUUAGAGCCGUCGUCAAUAAUUUGCAUCUCCUUGACCUUAGCAUGCAGGUGUCAUUGUUUAAAAAGCUGCUUCACAUGGUGAGGAACUUGAGGGCGGAGUCGGAUAGAAUGCAUGCUUUGGCAUGCAUUUGUCGAACUGCUCUUUGCGUUGAUCUUUUUGCAAAAGAGAGCAUUCGCCGAGGGCAAAAACCUGUUGCAGGAACAGAUAUUGUGUCACUGUUUGAAGAUGCGGCUGUUAAAGCUGAUCUGAAUAAUGUGACUACAAAGAGCUUGUUUAGAGAAGAAUUAGUUGCGAUGCUGGUGGAGAGCUGCUUCCAAUUGUCGUUGCCUUUGCCUGAGCAAAAGAACUCUGGUAUGGAGAGCAGGGUGAUUGGAGCGUUAGCCUAUGGAACCGGUUAUGGUGCGUUGAAUUGGACAGAACCAGCUUUGGAAGUGGUGGAAGUCUGCAGGCCAUGCGUUAGAUGGGAUUGUGAGGGUCGUACGUAUGCCAUUGAUUGCUAUCUCAAGUUGCUUGUUAGACUCUGUCACAUUUAUGACACCCGUGGCGGAGUUAAAAGAGUAAAAGAUGGGGCUUCUCAGGAUCAGAUACUCAAUGAAACACGGCUGCAAAAUUUGCAGCGAGAGCUUGUUAGGGAUCUCCCGGAGGUAAACACGCCUAGAAUUGGUGCCCGUCUUCUGUGGGCAAUUGCAGAGCACGUUAAUUUGGACGGAUUGGAUCCUCUUCUGGCUGAUGACCCUAAUGACCUGUUAAACGUCAUUGUGACAAAUAUCCAUAAUAUCCUACACAACACAGACUCAUCUCCUAGCACAUUGAAUCGACCUCAAGAUGUUCAAGUAGCACUUCUAUGUGCACAACGUGUGGGAUCACGUCAUCCUAGGGCUGGCCAAUUGCUGCUCCAGGAACUUGAAGAAUUCAAGAGCAGUCCCUCUUCCGAUUCAGUCACCAAGCAUCAAUGCCGUUUAUUACUUCCGAGAAUUAAAUAUGCAUUAAGCCAUUCAAGUGAUAGGUGGAUUGGGGUUGGUGACACCAGAGGAGACUACCCUUUUAGCCACCACAAGCUAACUGUUCAGUUCUAUGAAGCUUCUGCGGCUCAGGACCGGAAACUAGAGGGAUUGAUUCAUAAAGCUAUUUUAGAACUUUGGAGACCAGAUCCCAACGACUUAACUCGAUUGCUGGCAAAAGAUAUUGACUGGAGUUUGGUCAAGGUUCCCCCACGUGCAUUGACUUUGUCUGCUAGCAGUGAUCCUUGCUAUGUUGAAGGAUAUCAUUUGACAGAUCCAAAUGAUGGAAGGAUUACCCUGCAUUUAAAGGUUCUUAAUCUUACAGAGAUUGAAAUAAAUCGCGUGGACAUACGAUUUGGUCUAUCCGGUGGGUUAUACUUCAUGGACAAAUCUCCUCAAGCAGUGCGGCAGUUGAAUUAUCUUAAUUCACAGGAACCGGUGCAUUGCAGUGUGACAGUGGGUGUAUCGCACUUUGAGCGAUGUGCAUUCUGGGUUGAAGUCAUGUACUACCCUUUUCAAGGUAGGCAUGCUCAAGCAGAGUACGGAGGAGGUUACGCUGAAGAAGAUCCAGAAAUGGCGAGAUACAGGAGAAGUCUAAGGCCGGCAAUUGGAGAGCCUGUGAUAUUAAGAUGCCAGCCGUAUAAAAUUCCUCUGACUGAACUUCUUUUGCCACAUAAGAUAUCACCAGUUGAGUUUUUCAGAUUAUGGCCUAGUUUGCCUGCUAUAGUGGAGUGCACAGGCACGUAUACGUACGAAGGAAGUGGUUUCAAGGCGACUGCUGCACAACAGUAUGGGGAGUCUCCUUUCCUCAGUGGCUUGAAAUCUCUGUUGUCUAAGCCUUUCCAUAAAGUUUGCUCGCAUAUUAUCCGGACAGUUGCUGGAUUCCAGAUGUGCUAUGCUGCUAAAACAUGGAUAGGAGGGUUCGUGGGGAUGAUGAUAUUUGGUUCAAGUGAAGUGAGCAGAAAUGUGGACCUUGGUGAUGAAACGACAACGAUGGUGUGUAAGUUUGUGGUUAGAGCUUCGGAUGCAAACAUAGCAAAGGAGAUGGGGUCGGACGUGCAGGAGUGGAUGGACGACUUGACUGAUGGUAGCAUUGAGUACAUGCCUGAGGAAGAAGUGAAGGAGGCUGCUGCGGAGAGGCUGAAAAUGUCGAUGGAGCAUAUAGCGCUGUUGAAGGCAGCACGGCCGCGUAAAAUGAGUGAUCAUGAGCAGCAACAACAGGAGCAAGCGGAUGAGGAUGGAAAGGAGACCACCUUAUUUAAGUUGAGUGCAGAAGAGGUCGAACAUCGAGCUCUUCAAUCCGCCGUCUUGCAAGAGUGGCAUCACCUAUGUAAAGACAGGAGUACCAAACUUUAG